AUGUGGGUCCACACGAUCUAUGAAGAGAUCGCCAAGCACCUUGAUGAAGAUGUCGCCAAUCUCAAGACCCGAAGGAUCGUCGCCCAAGAGAUCGUACUGCAUGCUCUGGGUUUCCCAUUCCCAGAAAGCUACCAAGGAGAUGUCGUCAAAGACGUUAUCCUCACUGAUGCCGGAUUAGACUAUACGGUGGAGUUCAGGAAUAAGCAGCAUCCCGCUUCUAGCAAAUGGAGGAACGAGAAGAUCUCGUACUAUACGAUGCUGGACAAACUGAGAGAGAUCGGUUGCGAGUGGGUGGUUCUUGCACAACUCAAGCGUACCAGGACUGUGUUCGCUCAGUUCGUGAACGAAAAGGUGAGAGUGUUUGUUCUCCAAUGGGCACAGUUCUACAAGCCCAUCGCCGACAUAUUCAGCGAGCGCGCCCAUGGGGAUGUGACGGGCAAAGCCGAAUACUCUCUCAUCGCAAAGGAUGGCCAUUUUGAUUGUCCCGUCGAGGAUUGGCACAAUUACAACUCCCACUGGGCCACAGUCGCCGAUCGAAUGAGAUACAAGACGACAUACGCCCAGAUGCCUCGUGGAUGGCUUCUCUACGCGGAUGUCCAAUCCGAGUACGGCUUGAAGGGUGUUGCAAACGAAAACUUCUCCUGGGCCAUAUGGCCAAGAUGGGUAGACAAUGACCUCUACCCUUGUGCCUCUGUGCCGAUCCCCGCAUCUGCCUUCAUUGGCAUCCUUCCAGCCCGGCCACAAUUCGACCCUGAGGCCAGAGAUUAUGCCAAAAACGUACGUGGCGUAGGGACAGGAUCCAACAAGAUCGUUGGUCCCGAGCCCGGUCAUUACACAGUGGAAAUGGCCAGACGUGGUCUCCUAACCUUCAUCGACACCUCAGAGAAGUAUGAAGAAGCGAACGUGAUAGCCGCGUGA